CACAUUGUGCAAUUCAUUCUUUAACUGUAUGACCCGAGAAUGAUUGAUUGCUUGCAAUCAUUUCUUCAAAACAGUUCAGAUGGCAGACAUUGUGGAAUUUAGAGCAGCUGUCACUUCGUAUAACCAGGGUUUACCAAAGGUAUACCUGUGUCGACGAUAAUCUGUGGCGUGGGAAGAGGUAAGCUGCCAUCAAGAAAGCCCACAGACCCAUUGGCUUUUAUAAUCUUGAUCAUUUGGGAUCUCCAAAAUUAGUAAGUAUCUGCAGACGGUACGAUUAUAACCACAUAUUUCAGAUUAGUCAUCAUGAACUUCAGUGAGGGAGGAAUAGGUGUCUCGGUAAUGUUGAGAGUAGCCAAUCCUUCUAAGAUCUGAGGAGUUCCAAUAUUUUUUAGAUCAGGUUUGGCAGUCAAGACAAAGGGACGUCUAAUAUUUUUCUCAGAAUCAGCACCUUUGGUCAACAGCAAUUAUUGUUUUUCGAUAGCGGGGUGAUUUUGGAGUGAAGCGUAAGGCUACCUUUCUAUCUGAUUACGCAUCUGCUCUGUCAAGCCGGCGAUGUGGAGAUUUCUCCUUGCAUCCCUGCUCAUCGCCUUCUCUAUCUCCGCCGCCGCCUCUGCCUCUUCAUCUCAACCCAUCCUUUCACCGGGAGAAGAGUGGGCGAACGAGCAGCUCCGUCAUGGUGCCAUUUCUGGGGAAAUCUGCCCUUCGCCGGAUCCCUCACUCUAUUACCAGCCGGUGAUCGGUAUCGUCACUCACCCCGGAGAUGGCGCCACCGGGAGGCUCAGCAACUCUACCGACGCCUCCAACAUCCCGGCCUCUUACGUCAAGUUCAUCGAGUCCGCCGGCGCUCGCGUCAUUCCUCUUAUUUACAACGAGCCUUGGGAUAUCAUCUCCGACAAACUCGAGCUGGUGAAUGGCAUCCUGUUUACAGGGGGAUGGGCUAAAGAGGGCUUGUAUUUUGAGACAGUAAAGAAGGUUUUUGAGUUUACACUAGCAAGAAAUGACGCUGGGGACCAUUUUCCUUUAUUUGCCAUCUGUUUAGGAUUUGAGCUGAUCAGCAUGAUUAUCAGUCAGGACCAUGCUAUAUGCGAACAUUUUAAGGCGCAAAAUCAAGCUUCUACUCUCCAAUUUGCAAACAUCUCAGAUAUUGGAGGAUCCGUUUUUGAAAGGUUUCCACCAGAAUUGCUCAGAAAGCUGAGCUCCGAGUGCCUUGCAAUGGAAAACCAUAGAGAAGGGCUUUCACCAAGAAGGUUGCAAGCGAAUGAUGCACUCUCAAGUUUCUUCAAGAUAUUGACAACUAGCACGGAUGAAAAUAAUGAGGUGUACGUAUCAACUGCAAAAGCCUAUAACUACCCGAUUACUUGUUUCCAGUGGCAUCCUGAGAAAAAUGCCUUUGAGUGGGGAUCGUCUAUGAUUCCACAUACUGAAGAUGCAGUUCGAGUUACUCAACUGUUGGCGAACUACUUCAUAAGCGAGGCUCGAAAAUCUCCGAAAAGGCCUCCAGCACAAAAGGUUCGAGACAAUCUUAUUUACAACUACAACCCAACAUAUGGUGGUAAAGCUGGAAAGGGCUUCGAUCAAGUUUACAAUUUUGAUGAGAGUUACACUGCAUAAUAUCUGAUAAGCAAUAGAAUUUACAUGAAGGCUUACUGGAGUGUUACAUGGCCUGGUCAAUCUAUUGUGUUUAGACUUGCUCUACCAUUUAUCAAUGAUGUGUUAGCAUUAUUACAUGCAAAAUUUGUACUUUCAUCAAUAAAAAUGAAUAUUUUUCCUUUACAUUUUGCAUCUUGAGCUAUAAAAAUGAAUGAUAAGUUCUCUUUUGUUAUGCUAC